UCUCGUGUUGGUACUUUUGGACUUUCCAUUCUGCUAGUGGAGGAAAGUCGAUCUGAAACAAAAGUUUAUUAAAUCGUUUAGAGGAAAGUAGCAAUAUGUCUGAUUUAUUUAAUUCCAGUACGAGCUACGAUGACGACUCGAGUAAAUCCAAAGGUGUUGAUUCGGAAUUACAAGAAUUUCUAAUGAUUGAGAAGCAAAAAGCUCAAUUUAAUGCUCAGAUUCACGAAUUCAAUGACUUUUGUUGGGACAAGUGUGUUGAAAAGCCUGGCAACAAAUUAGACAGUCGAACUGAAACAUGUCUCAAUAAUUGCGUGGACCGAUUUAUUGACGUAUCUUUAUUCAUCACAAAUAGGUUUACUCAACUUCUACAGAAAUCUGCUGGUGGAAUGUGAUAGAAUUUUCCUAGAUGUCUUAUUGCAUUCGGUACCAAAUAUUUGUUUUGUAGACUUUCAUUUUUUCUGAAAAGAAAGUAACGCUUGAAAGAUCUUCUGUUAAAUACAAAUAUGUGACUGUUUUA